AUGGGUGUGAAUAUCAAGGAGAGAUUCAAUGUGUAUCUUAUGCCUACACCAAAUCUGGAUAUUUACGGUGAAUGCACAAUGCAGAUCACUCAUGAGAAUAUCUAUCUCUGGGAUAUCCACAAUGCCAAGGUCAAACUGGUGAUGUGGCCUCUCAGCUCCCUGAGGAGAUAUGGACGGGACUCAACAUGGUUUACCUUUGAGUCAGGAAGAAUGUGUGACACAGGAGAAGGACUAUUCACUUUUCAAACAAGGGAAGGAGAAAUGAUCUAUCAGAAGGUCCAUUCUGCGACACUGGCCAUAGCUGAGCAACAUGAAAGAUUAAUGCUAGAAAUGGAGCAGAAGGCCCGGCUUCAGACGAGCCUGACUGAGCCAAUGACGUUAUCCAAAUCGGUAUCUCUUCCUCGCAGUGCAUACUGGCAUCACAUCACUCGUCAGAACAGCGUUGGAGAGAUCUACAGUCUGCAAGGUCAUGGGUUUAGUUCCUCAAAGAUGUCACGUGCACAGACAUUUCCCAGCUACGCCUCGGAGCAGAGCGAAGAGACUCAGCCGUCUCUGUCCCGGUCGAGCAGUUACGGAUUCAGCUACAGCUCCAGCCUCAUUCAAUGACAGUCAGAGAGCCACUACCAACCAGAGAGGCAGUCUGUCUGGACCUGCUAGUGGGGUUGCUGCUCCCUCAGCCUCCUGGAAGACCAGUUGCAGGCAAAAUUGAAAUGGGGCGGGUCUAGCCCCGAUCCCAGUGAAAGGUUAAAAACUGGAGUUCUGCUUCCUUGACUCUGUGGCUAAGUCCUUUAUUUAUUGAGUUUCUUGGGGGUGGGGGGAAUCUAUGUUUCACAAAAAUAGAAUCCAAAUCGUAUGAACAGUCAUUUAAAUGAAAUCCUUUGGUUCUGGGCACCAUGAAAAGUUGCCCACACUGGGUUGUGCCUGGGUGGUGGGCCUGACCCCUGUCCUCGUGGCUCAGCCCUCCGGCCUGAUGACAGGGUCUGUCCUUAGACGUAAGGUCACCCACCACAACCUAUGUGGCGUGGAAAGUUUUGACGGGGACAAAUCCAGCAAGGUCUACAAAUGGCACCAUAACUCUCCAUAUAAAUAAGCCCCAGUGACAAUUAAGGGAACCCGAGAUCUAGAACACACUGUUGAGCAGGGCCUUGUAGCUCUGCUGUGUGUGUGUGUGUGUGUGUGUGUGCAUCUGUAGACAAAUAGAGAUACGGAUAUUGCUGUAUCCAUCUAUAUCUAACAAGUAUAUAUCAAAUGUGUGCUGAGGGUGACAGGAUAUGCUCACUUACAUUGUUGAAUACUGUAAUUUGGUGCAUUAACAUUAAGAUUGUUAUGUUGAAUAGCUAUUUUUAAAAUAGUGCUGUAAAAAAAAAGGCUUCUUAUUAGCAAAAGUAUUUACGUAGUCAAGUCUGCUCCUCUGACAAGUAUAAAUGAAUAUGUGAGAAGGAGGGACACACUCGAAAACGAAGGCAAGAGAACCGGUCUAGCUGUCUGUCCUACGUGUCAUGUCACCACACUGUCUUUCUGGUCAGUACUCCCUUCUUGACAGUGUUUCUCUCUUUGACCAUCCCCUCUGAGCUACGUGAGGAAGAUCGGGUGUCAUCACCCACUGCUUCCAUUUACCCUCAAAUAAAAGAAAGACUUUAAAUGAGAAACUGUAUUUCAAGAAAGAGAUAAAAAGUAUAUGUAUAUACCUAAAAAGAACUAGCUAUUUUACAGUCGGGAGAACAAUGGGCACAGGAUUGUAGAUAUUAAUUAUUUAAGAUUUUAUAGAUGCCAUUCUCAAAAGCCAUUGGGUGCUUGUGAUUUAGUGUGUAACCAGAAUUUACUAAGCUUACUUUCUUUUUAAUGGACAUGGGUUGGCUGGGAUUAUAAGAGAAAACGGAUCAAAUAUAAUUUUUUUUCAUCUCUGACAUUCAUGACAAAACUACCAAGUUUAGAGGGAAGUGAGUGGUUGGGUUCCACGUGAUCUAAAAAAUUUCGCUAAUUUAAUUAAGGUCAACAAAGAUAUUUUUGUCCUUAAUUUUGAAGUUUACUCAAGUAAAAAUAAAAAUCAUUCUGCCUGAAUUAUCUGAUGCCACAUGCCUAAGAUGGUCAGCUUAUAAAUACUCCAAGGGGAAUCUAAAGAACAAUGAGCCCAGAUCAUGUAAGAUAAAAGCCUGAAUUUUUUUCUUAAUAGCAAAAUUCUUUAAACUAUUAAAGUUAGUCUGUUGAAGGGGUAUCUGUUUUGCUGAUCUUUAAUAAGACUCUUUUUUUUUUUAUCUCUAUCCGUAGCUUGAAUGCAGAUUCCAAAUUCAUUUCAUAGAAUUACUACUGACUAGAAAUGGUUCUGGGUCCCUCCUAGAUAAAUUUACACUUAUAACAACAACCUAGACUCUCUGAAUCUCUCAGAUAAGUAUGAAAACCCCAUCAAGAUGCUAAUCAUAAGAGUUAAUGUGGCUGUGAAAAAUAAUUAUCUUAAGCUUUCAGGGAUAAAAAGAAAACUAUUCAAACUCUCUGCACUGUGAAUUUUGCUGACACAGCAGAAAAGCAGAUGCCUGGUUCCUGAUGAUGAUACAGCCUUCCCUAAAAUCCCAGCUUGCAGGGUCACACAACUCUGAAUCACUUAGCACAUUGGCACUGCUUCUGAAAUCCAUUGUAAACCACACCAGAGCAACUCCCCGCUGAGACCAUUUGAACACAGCUCCUAGUGGUGCCACAUUCAGAGCAAGGCUCUCACCCGCUCACUCAGUUGAGCUGUUGCUUAGAGACCACAGUUUCUACAUGGGACUUGGGGGGAAAGCCCCUCGGGGGUCCUGGUUCAUGUCUCAGCUUCAUUAAUGUGCGAGAAGCACAGAGAGAGAAUCCGGGGCGGUGGGGGGGGAUUCUGCUAAUUAGAUGAGUCUGCUCUUGUGUCUGGUAGAAGACACAAUACCUGCAUGAAAUUGCUUCCAGAACAUCAUUUGCUUGUGAUCAUUACCAGUGAGCAUAACUGAGGAGAUACCAAAGAUCAGGCUAACCUUGGGCCAGUUCAUUCUGAAAAUAAUGUCAUUAAAAGAGUAUGUGAGAGAAAUUUCCUUCCCAAUUCUUUAACCCAGUCUCAUCCCAAUGAGGAUAAUGCUAUAAAGUCUCCCAUGGUACAUUUUUGGAGAUUUAUUCUAGCAUAUUCCUCCAUCUAUACUUAUACAAUUGUAGCUAAGUUAAAAUUGCUAACUGAACAGAUAGGAGAAUUUAUAUUAGCCUAAUAUACUUGACAUAAGGCAGUGUGCAUUGUAAUAAAAAUGACGAGCAUAUAAAUCUUCUACGAAAACCAAAGAUGAAAGAAAAGUUACCAUACUAUUCUCCUGGAACUUCAUAAAACCAAUUUCAUUGGAGCAAUUAGAAUGGACAUAGACAUGUAUUCAACUCACUUGAGCUCAUAGGUUUUGACUGAAGAUGCCUUUACACUCUGCAAGUCAUUUUUCUCCCUCAGAAAUUGUAUUAUAUCAUUCCUGCCAUUGGGGUUGCUAUGAACCAAAGACAUCAUUUGGCUCCUUCUGAAAGUGACUCAGUUGGGGUUCCAACCAGAUUUAGGCAGGUGAGUGAAGAUGGUCGCUGUUUCAGUAUUGAGUUGGAAGAGAGCAAUGGUGAAGGGCCCUGACCCGAGUAAUGGAGGCUCUUCUGAGAGCAGAGAAAGCCUGGAGGGUGUACACAGUUCACGGAAAGAUGACAUGGUGGGAGGGGGGAGAGGUUAUUUCUUACAUCUUCAAGUUUUCUUCUGAAAAUAUUAAUCGUUGCACCCAUGACCAACACCUGACAUUAUCUUUGAAGUGUGGAAAAGUAUAAAAUAACCUUGACCCAAUAGUUUACCAUACUGGUGGGGGGAAAAGAAAACACAUCUUUCACUUAUUCAUUGAAUGAGUAAUAGGCACUCAGAACUAAUUUAUUUAUGCAGAUUGCAGAUAUUUAUGAAUCAAUAGGUUCUGGCCACUGCCACAAUAUGAACUUAAUGAAAUAAGAAAUAUAUAUUUACUUAUAUACUAGGGAGGAUGCUGUUUGAUGGAACAUGUGAAAUAAAGUGAAACCUAUUUAUUAAAAGUAAACCUCACUUUUUUUCACCAAGUAGUAACUAGAGUACUAGUCCUAGUAUCUUGUACAAUUUUUCUGUCUUCAUUGGGCAAUUAUGUUUGAAAAUCAUUUAUCACCUAUAAAAUGGUCUACCACUAAUACUUUCUGUACAAUAUAGAAACAGUGGACUGAUAAAUAACAUUACACAGUUAAUAGUUUCUACAGUCAAUUUAUUUAUUGCAUGUGGUAUCUUUAGAGUAGAUAUUAAAAACAUAUCAUCAAAACUGAUGUCUACCCCUCGUUCUUUGGCCAAUAUCUCAGAAAACUUUGUAAAAAAGCAUGAGUACCCUAAUCCCUUUAGGGGAUUAUUUGAGCCACUUACUCAAAUCAACCAUUAAUGCUACAAUGAAAACAAGCUAAGCAAAUUAUAUUCUUAUAAAAAAAUUCAUAGUCCAGUUUUGAUGAUUAUAACACAGCACAAUAAAUGGGCAAUAUACAUUCAGUGGGGCUGAGAUUUAGGCCUUUUUUUUUGAGCUUUAGGCCUUUAACACGUUAUGUCUUAUAAGAAAUAUUAUACUAAAAACUGCUCAAAGUGAAAAUGAUACACUUUUCUCCAAUUCUAUUAAUAUAUCAUGUCGAUCAGUAUCUUGCAAUUUCAAAUUACUUUAUCAAUCAUUAACCAUACUUUACAAUUCCUCAACCUUGGCCUUCUCCAAAUAGAUAAAAAUUGGCCACUAUAUUUCCAUUACUAUAAUACCAGGUGAUGUGCCACACAGAUGAAUUUCUAGCCUAUGAAAUGUAUGGAGAACAAUAUCCCAUGGAGGGGGCAGAGAAAAAGGACGGGACCUACUCAGGAGGGCAGCAAUUUAGAUAAAAUUAUAAAGACUCCAAUGAAAUGUCCAAAGUAGCACUAAGACUCUACUUUCUUAACAUUCUAACUUCAGUUCCAUAUCACAGACUUGGCCUUCUUGACCAGCUUCAUCUGGUACCUACCAUGCAAUCAAAAGAAGACAGCAGUUGGGCCAUGUUUUGAAAUGACCACAGAAAGACAACACAUAACCAAUAAGUAUGCUUCCUUGGGUUUAGUGAAAAUUAUUGAACAUGAAAGGAUGUGUAACCAAAACCCCAUGGUAAAAUGUCUCUUUGGUAACAUGAGGAUCAUUUUUGUACGGUCAACUUCAUUUGAGUUUUGAAAUGAAGGUAUGUUAUCCGUGACCCUGGCUGGGGGCUAAGUAUGUCAGAAGAGACCCACAGCCGCAUGCGUGCAUUCUCUAGGAAUGUAUCUGCAGAAUGAACCCGCCUUUUUCUCCCUGAAACUACCACAAGUCCUUACUUUCUUGCUCAAGAAUGUGAAUCUUUGUUGUAUCAUUUCUAUAAUUAUUACAACUUGUUGAGGCGGCAGCUAGUUUACAGAGUCUCAUGGAAGUAUCCUGAGAUGUUGGGCACAUUUUCUAGAUGGGCAGGAUGCCAGCUAGCUCUGGAAGCCAUCAUGUAGAAUAAAGGUCCCACCUUAUAUUCUAUCCAGGAGGAAACCCAAACCCAUGAAUGCUGUCAUUUAUUCAAAGGCAGAGAAACAAUCAGGAAUAGUUUUGCCCAGUUCCAGGCUCCUGGGCCAGGACUACUUCCGUGGCUCCAUCUUGUCUCCCAUUUAGAUGCAGUGGGAGUUGAGAAAUGCCACAUGGCCUCUAAAUAAAUGGGCCCUUGCAUAACAUUUAAGUGUCUCCUCAGAUUUUUCAGAUGUUCCUAACCUUUCCUGAAGGUUAUCACUAACUAUGUCAUCACUAACUAUGUCAAUAGAGAGGCUUUAUGAGACAAUUCACAGGACCUGUAGGUCAUGAAUGAUUGUUAUAAAUUUUAUUACUCUUACAUUGUCACCCAGUUCUUCAUUGGAAAUUCAAACUUAUUUAUUCUAAAGUGAUAGUCAAACUAAAAAAAAAAGUGUAUAUGUUUUGUAUUCCUACUGAUUCAUCUAUUGUAAUCAGGAUUAUUAUUUUGGGGACCUUUAUCACUCUGUAGCAUUUUGGCUUAAUUCUUUUUGGCGUUUGUCCAUUUGUCACAAUGCGUUUAGAUAAUAACAUCGGGCUUACAUUUUAUUUCAUGUGAACUUCAAAAAUCUUCCAUUUUCAGUUGAAAUUGGGAAAUGACCUUUUUUUACAAUAAAAUAGCUUACAUAUCAAGUUUCUUAUACACUUCAGUAGACAAUUAUUUAAAUUAACUGAAGCCUAGAUAAAAGAGAAAUCAGUUAAAAUUACCUAGUAUGAAAACCACAUUUUACUCAUGAUUUUCAUACAAUUUUCCAAGUUUAAGAUUUUAAUAUCUUGUAAACAUUUAAAGGAGAGGAAAAGUACAUUUGUAAGAGAAAUAUUACAAUUUCCUUCUAAUAGUUCUGUUUAAUAAGUUUUUAUUUUACCUCAUCUUCUAUGCCUACUACCCUAUAUUCCAUAUUCCAAUUUUAAGAAGAAUGAAUAAAUUUAAAUUUUUUAAUAGUUAUUUGGAGCUAGUUUUAGUUGUUGAUACAAUUCACUUUCUCCAUCUGUUCUCUACUUUUUGGAUGAUUUUAGACUUAAAGAGAACAUAAAAUCAGCCCUUUUUGUAGACAGAGAAUCAUGCAUUGAGUGGAGCAAGAUCAACCCUGACCCUGCCGUGGUGUUCAUAUUGGUAUCUGAUUGCUACCUUAAUUCACUCAAGUGAUCCACAGCCUCAUAAGACUUGCUUAUUUUUUGGAAAUCUGAAAUUUAAAAGCCGAAGUUCAGGAAAAGAAGAUGGAGAUAAUGACAAUUUUUUUUUUCAAAAGUCACUACAGAUUUUCUCUCAAAGAAAACAAUGUAAGAGGGUUUCUAUGGUGUUUCAUUAUUGUUAACUAUUUGACAGAUGGGCUGAAAGGCAGGGAAAAUGAAGAAUAAAAUGGCAGUAGCAUCUUAAUAUUAUAUAUAAAUCAAAAAUUAGCAUGGUGUAGGUGAUUAUGAAAUCAUGUGACUAAUCAAAUUCAGAUUUACAUAUCUAUUGCAUAAUUCAAAGAACAGUGCUUAUUCUUAUAUAUAUAUAUGUAUCAGUGGGUUCAGUGGGGGAAAGGAAGCUCUAAAUUUUUGUGAAGACCUAAAAUAGACAAUAGAGAUUCCUUCUAGUUAUAAGGCACUCUAUAUUACUUUGGUAAUAGCAGGCAGUGUAUAAUUACAACAACAAAUCCAUCUACUCCUUGACAAUAAAUGAGCAUAAAUGCCCGUCUCAUCUUUACGGCAGAUGACAGAACUCCCAGGACCUGCAGAGGCCCCCUUGUAGCUUCUCUGCACAAACCCUAACACCACACACACACACACACACACACACACACACACACACACUUUUUUUUACUUUUGACCUACUCUGUAUGUGCUACAUUUGUUAUCUUUUUUCUAGGUCCACCCAGAAUUAUCCCAUCUUUUAAAAUCCUUAUCCUUACGAAUCUUCAAAAUAUAUUAAAUGAUGUGUUCUAUGUUUGCUUUCUAUAAAUUCUUUUAAAUUAAUUUAUAUAUACUUUGUGAAGUCUUCUGUAAAGAGGUGUCAUUUGUCAUUGAUUAAAUAUAAUGUUUAUGAUUAUUUUGAUAAAAAUAACUUUGGAUGCUAGGCCCUUGUUAAGAAAUAAAAUAUCCAUUACAAAUUUGCUUCUACCAGAAAUUAUAUGAUUUGACAUACCUUAUUUUUCAUCACAAUCUAUUCCAGAUAAUAGUUUGGGGACAUCUGUACUUAAAUACUAGUUGAGCCACCUUUUGGAAUGGAAUGCAGAGGAAUAGCUGUCCCUGGAACCUAAAUGUGAAUUUCUGGCAGAACAGAAAAUAUUAUAAAAAUGAGGCAAUAAUAAAAUUAGGAAAUUAAAUUAUUUUUAAAUCUGUCUGUGUGAUUUUUCCCCUUGGUAAAAACACAUGAAAUACAUACUAUAAGAAUUACCUUCUGAAUUCAUAGUUUCUGGAUCUCAAUCCUUAGUAGAUACACCUAAUCAAUUGUUAUUAAUGCCUUCCUCAUAAUUCUAAGAAAUUUACAACUGAUAUGGCUACAAGGAGGGUAAUUUAUAGUAAUUUAAGAAAUCCUCCAUUACUGAAAAAAAGCAGUUCAAAACUACUACUUUACACCACAACUUUGCAUGAUUGAGAUUUUGAACAUCUAAAUUGAUGGUUUUUACCCAUGAGUUAUUUAAUAUUGUUCAUUAUGAUAUUAUAUGGUUUCCUUAUAUUUUUAUUAUCAUGUGAUGAACUGUAACUAUGUAAUUAAACAGGAUUCUGACAAUCGUAGUCUGCUAACCUUUAAAAUGUCACUUAUUCCUUCAUUCCUUGGCUUGCUAUUUUCAAAAUAAAAGAAGGCCCUUUAUUAAG